ACCACACCACCACUAAGAUGUGUUCCCCAGUCACACACACAGUCACAGACAGACUGGCUGAGGAGUGGAGGAAUCAGAGGCACUGGUUGGCACAGUGCGGCUUGGUUUGACUCAUUUAGACUUGAUUUGGAGAGACUGGAAUACACACACACACUGAGCGUAGCUUAGUGCGACCUGGCUCAACUUGGGGACUCCGGAACACUCACCCACGAAGCUGCAUACACACACACACUCUCUCCGUCACACACUCUGUCAUGUCUCUGGCGGAGUUUGUGCGUCAGGGACAGCUGCAGGAGGCUUCAUCACAUCUGUUGUCCAGACUGGGUCAGGUCCUACACAGCCUAUCUGUCAUUGUCCUGGCCCACGGAGCUACAGACAACCUCAACUAUAGCUACAGACGAUAGAGCACCUACUGGGACCGCCGGGACACAGGUGGUGAUGAGGACGGGAGAGAGUGAUGAGAAUAUGAAGGAAAAAGAGGAGAAGAUGGGAGAGAGGGAUGAGAUGGAGGUGCGUUUGCAGUCCAGCGGACACGGAGGAGGAUGUGUCCACAUCUCUCUGGAGGAAGUGAAGAGCUUCUACCGGUUCUCACAGAGCUGUCAGCGGCUGCAAAAUGACAUCAUGCAGCAGGAGAGUGAUCGUCUGUUUGCUGUAGACAUCGAUCCUGACCUCAGGAAACGGUUUGCUUUCCUCUCAGGGGGCCGAGCUGAGAACGGCAGUCCCAUCAUCGUGUUCCCAGAAUUCCCUGCAUUUGGCGAGCUCCAGGAGGAAGAGUUCCACAACGUGCUGACCUACCUGACGAGUGUGCCCAGUGUGACAGCGUCUGGAGUGGGCUUCAUCCUGGUCAUCGACCGCCGCCAAGACAGAUGGACCGCCGUCAAGGGGACCCUGCUACGCAUUGCAGGCUCAUUCCCAGUGAAUUUACAGCUGGUUCUGGUCUUGCGGCCCUCCACCUUAUUCCAGCGGACGCUGUCCGACAUCUUCUUCAAGUUCAACAGGGAUGAGUUCAAGAUGAAGGUGCCGGUGGUGAUGCUGAGCUCUGUGACGGAGCUCCACGCCUACAUCGACCGGACUCAGCUGCCCCAGGAGCUGGGAGGAACCCAGGAUUACUGCCAUGAUACCUGGAUCUCACACCGCACCGCUAUCGAGGCCUUUGCUCUGAUGGUGAAGACCACGGCUCAGACCCUGCAGUCGUUUGGGACGGAGCUGGCCGAGACUGAGCUCCCCAACGACGCCCAGGCCACCUCCAACCUGCUGGCCACACACACCGAGAAGAAGGGACAGAUGAAGGAGGACCUGUGUGUGGCCCUGGGCCAGGGGGGCCGGCUCCUGGAGAGCAUCAACGAGCCCCUGCAGAGAGAACCCGACUAUACAAUGAACCAGGACGAGCUGGAGAACCUGGCCACCGUGCAGAGACUGCUGGGCCAGCUGGAUGAGACAGAGACAGCGUUUGAUGAUUUCUGGGAGAGACACCAGACCAAGCUGGAACAGUGUCUGCAGCUCCGCCAUUUUGAGUACUACUUCCGUGAGGUGCGUGCCCAGCUGGAUGUGGUAUCAGAGCGGGUAGAGGCGAUCUCGGAGGUUGGCAUCAGUCCCGCCCAUGCAGAACACAUCCUACGAGAACUCAACAGCCAGGAGGAGAAAGCCUGCGAUGUGUUGGACUGGGCUCUGUCCCUGGCCGCUGAGGGGGAUGGGCUGAUUGAGAGUGCUCACUACGCUGAGGACUCCAUCCUGCCUAAGUGCAGUGAGCUGAGGGCCGUGUGUGAUGAGGUCACUUCCUUCCUCAAGACCAAGAAGGUCCUCCUCCUGAGGGCCAUGGAGCUGCACCACUGUCUGGAGAAGGCAUCGAGGUGGUGUGAGGAAGGGAUUUACCUCCUUGCCUCCCAGCCGGUAGAUAGAUGUCAGUCUCAGGACGGGGCAGAGGCCGCGCUGCAGGAGCUGGAGAAGUACCUGGACACGGCGGCCCAACACCAGAUCACCGACCUCAACGGCAUCUGGAGGGACUACGACUCCAUCCUCAACCCAGAGCUCAGGGAGCAGGUAGAGAAGGUGUUCCAAAAGCAGGUGUCCAUGCAGGAGAUGUUUGAGAAGAGGAGGGUCAGUCUGAAGAAGCUGGCAGCCAAACAGACACGGCCCGUCCAGCCAGUGGCUCCCAGGCCUGAAGCCAUCAUCAAGUUCCCCAUGUCCCCUCCUACUCACAGGAGUCAAGAGACAAGGAAUGCAGAGGAUAACAUCUUGAACGUAGAAAACUGCAGAAUAGUGGAGGUCCAGGUGCAGAACGGAGGCAGCAGACACGGCUCUCUGUCUGAGGAGGAGGAGAACCUGGCUGUGCUCCGACGACAUGUAAUGAACGAGCUGUUGGAGACUGAGAGGGUGUAUGUAGAGGAGCUACUCUGUGUACUGCAGGGUUAUGCUGCAGAGAUGGACAACCCAGCCAUGGCCCACCUCCUCCCCAGUGCUCUGCUCAACAGGAAGGAUGUCCUGUUUGGCAACAUGCCGGAGAUCUACCAGUUCCACAAGAGGACAUUCCUCAGGGAGCUGGAGACCUACACAGACGUCCCUGAGCUGGUGGGACGCUGUUUCCUGGAGAGGAUGGGCGACCUGCAGAUCUAUGAGAAGUACUGUCAGAACAAACCUCGCUCCGAGAGCUUGUGGAGACAGUGCUCCGACUGCGCCUUCUUCCAGGAGUGCCAGAGAAAGUUGGAACACAAACUGGGGUUGGACUCGUACCUCCUCAAGCCAGUCCAGAGGAUAACCAAAUACCAGCUGAUACUGAAGGAGUUACUGAAGUACAGUAAGGGCUGUGAGGGUUCAGAGGACCUGCAGGAGGCGCUGUCCUCCAUCCUGGGGAUCCUGAAGGCUGUCAACGACUCCAUGCACCUCAUCGCCAUCACAGGAUAUGAGGGGAGCCUGACGGAGCUGGGCAGGCUGCUGAUGCAGGGGUCGUUCAGCGUGUGGACGGAACACAAGAAAGGUCACGCUAAGGUCAAGGACCUGGCCCGCUUCAAGCCCAUGCAGAGACACCUGUUCCUGCAUGAAAAAGCCCUGCUCUUCUGUAAGAGACGGGAGGAGAACGGGGAGGGUUACGAGAAAGCCCCGUCCUACAGCUUCAAACACUCCCUCAACAUGAGUGCGGUGGGCAUCACAGAGAGCGCCAAGGGUGACAACAAGAAGUUUGAGAUCUGGUGUAAUUCCAGAGAGGAGGUGUUUAUCGUCCAGGCUGCGACACCUGAGAUCAAAACAUCUUGGUUGAACGAGAUCAGAAAGGUUCUGACUGGCCAGCUGAAGGCCUGCAGGGAAUCGAGUCAAAAGAAGGCGUCAGACACAAUGUCUCCCAGUCCAACCAGCAACAGCCCACCUAUCUGUCUCAGUCCAUUUAGGAACUGUCAGAAGAGCGUGAAGAAGGGAGAAGAGAAGAAGACAGAUGCUGUCAACUCUGACCCCAACUCCCCCUCCUCCCACAAAGAGGAGACAGUCACCAGUCCCACCACUGACAGGGCAUCAGUGGCUAAAAAGCGUUUUACCCUUCAAGGCUUCAGCAACCUGAAGAGUCAGAAAGAAUUUCUUCAGCCUGCUGGUAAAAGUCUAACAUUACCAAUGGUAUUCUCUCAACCAGGAUCCCCCCUUAGCCCUGACCAUAAAGCCAAAUGCCACGAGAUUAAGAGUGACCCAACUCCCUUUGGGUGUAAAGAGCCUGGUCAGACUCCUCACAUCACUCUGAGCAGGGCCAAGUGGCUCAGCACCUCUAGUCUCUUACAGGCCAAAAGGAGAGGUUGGAACAAGGCCUCUUUCUCCAUGGACGUGCCAGAAGUGCAUGAUGGGUACUCCAGCGCCGAGGACCCCAUGAACUCUGACCCUGAGGAUGAGGGAGGCAGGAAGCUGGCUGUCGGUGACAGGUUCACAGUGGUGGCGGACUAUGAGAAGGAGAAAGGAGGGCCUCAGGACCUGUCAGUGAAGAGUGGAGACAUGGUGCAGCUCAUUAAAGAGGGAGAUGACGGACAGUGGUUUGUUAGAAACUUGGGGAGCAACAAAGAUGGCUGGGUAGCAGCAGCCAACCUUCUCACCCUCAUCACAGAGUCCAAGUCCUCGCAGUCUCUCUGCAGCUCAGAGGGCAGUGUAACUGGCAACCUCAGCACCUCCUCCAGCUGCAGUGAAACCUACACAAGUUUCUCUGACAUCAAGCCCUAAAGUCCUGCCCCCUCUAAGCCCUGAGACACAGCUACAGCGCCACCCAGUGGUUGGCUGUUCAAAUGACACGUGCGCUUUUCCCCUCUACUACUGUUCAAAUCAAAUUGUAUUUAUCACAUGCGCCGAAUCCUACUGGUGUAGCCUUUACAGUGAAAUGCUGGCAGGCGUUAGUUUUCAUUACAGUCCAUAGAUACUUCACUCUCACACUGAAGUGGAGGCUGCCUGGGUUGUAGCAGAAAGCAGUCUAAUAGCUGCUUAUCUGUCAAUGUGAAGGGAAGGUAAUGAAGGACUGCUUUCCUCUGGACAUACUCUACUCAGGGAUAAGAGGUAGUGUCCUAGCCUUUUACUGUGAUUGAGGGCUAGCACACAUUGAGAACAGGAAGUUCAGGCCUCCCCUACCUGUUUGACAGAGAUGAACAAGGAAGGACACACCCGCUCCAUUCACACACACAGGCAGGCUUUGUUAGCCUAGCGUGGUACCGCUCCUCCCACUCCAACAAGGUGACAGUGAUAUGCAGCCAGGAGCUCCUCUACUGAACUCAACACUUCAACAGACAAACAAACAGAUGCCUCAGUCUCUCUCCUGUGGACUCUGGUAACCGGUUGUGUCAUAAUGUUUCUCUGUGUCAGGCAGUCAACUUCCUCAGUAUGUCCUCAGUCUCUCUCCUGUGGACUCUGGUAACAGGUUGUGUCAUAAUGUUUCUCUGUGUCAGGCAGUCAACUUCCUCAGUAUGUCCUCAGUCUCUCUCCUGUGGACUCUGGUAACAGGUUGUGUCAUAAUGUUUCUCUGUGUCAGGCAGUCAACCUCCUCAGUAUGUCCUCAGUCUCUCUCCUGUGGACUCUGGUAACAGGUUGUGUCAUAAUGUUUCUCUGUGUCAGGCAGUCAACUUCCUCAGUAUGUCCUCAGUCUCUCUCCUGUGGACUCUGGUAACAGGUUGUGUCAUAAUGUUUCUCUGUGUCAGGCAGUCAACUUCCUCAGUAUGUCCUCAGUCUCUCUCCUGAGUGACUUUAAAAAUAGAUGAUGGAUUUAUAUUUCAUACGUUUCUACUGAAUCCAUCAAGACAAACUAAACUGUAAAAGUGUCGAGACAAUCGCAUUCUAGCAAGAAUGCAAAUUAGAAUGGAAUUGUCAUGAAAUACUUUUUGAGUUUGGUCAACUGUGUAUAUCUAUGGCUUUGUCCAGAGGCCCUCCAGUACAUUUCCAGUCUCUCUCCCUCCCUGUUUCUCCUUCUGCCACCUGUGCUGUCUGGGCUAUCAGUGAACUCUUGGCUUUGUUCCCAGUGAUCUGAGAGAGCUGGGCUUUAAACUACCAGGUGUUCCUUUAGGCAGGGGCGAUAUUACAGGACGGUCAGAUAUCAUAGAAACUUCAAUAACAGUGCUCAGGGUGUUCUUCUGAAUCAUUUUCUCUUGGCUCCAAGUGAAAUCCUAUACACUACACAGAAAUCCCCUGAAGAUUGAGAUUCCCAUAAAAAGAUUCAUGUCAGGUCGAUUGAUGUUGAAAUAACUGUACUGUACCAGAGAGUAUAAACUUAAAAGGAAAUAUUUGUAUGCGUUAAUCAAUGUGUACAAGUUCAUUUAUUUGAGAAAGAUGUGUACAGAUAUUAUUAGCCUAUACCUCGUAUUUUUCAUUGAAUAUGUGUAUGUUGUGUAUGAGGACCAUGGAUAUGUUUUCGUGGGUCUAAGUAUAUCAAAGAUAUUUUAUUAAUUGGUUGGCGGGGCAUGUUUCCAUGGUCAUUUCUUAAAACUCCUGAGAGGAUAUAUAUUCAUAGAAAUAUCAUCCUUUUGCUCAUUUGAGAAUGCAGUCUGUACACUGAAAACCGAAGAUGGAAUAUAACUGUACGUCCUGUGCUGAAAGUUCAACUCAGAAUGAUGGUUGUCUCAAAUUUCAGCACGCACAAUAAAAGGUUUUAAACUGUUUUGGUUAUAACCGUUUUAGUUAUAACUGUUUUUAUAACUUAUUGUUCUACUGUAUAUCUUUUUCGAUUUGCAUCCAGUGAGAUUACAAUGUCGUUACUGUGUGUCACAUUGUUAUGCAGCACAUUGCAGCAUUAUUUUGUUCUUUAUUUUCCUACGGUAACAAGUAUUGAUACAGAUGUUAUAUAAUUAAUGAUAUGCAUUCAUAUCUGUGUAUAUGUGUAAAUAUGUAUCUGAGGCGUUGAAUAAAGACAAACAUUCUUUGCUUUAA